GGGCGCAGAGAUCCCAGUUGUCUACGAGAUCCGCGACAGUACGGACACCGCAGAUCUUCCUCGGAUAAAAUUGUUGGACUUUUCUUGUUGGUCCUCUUAAAGUUAAGUGAGAUUUUCUCGAAGGAGUUUUCGAAAUUUUGUGUCAGCACAGCGGCCUGUCCACGCUUUUGGCGUAUCUGUAUAAAACUAAAAAUUUAACUGAAACCGUUAUCAAAAUUACAGUUUAAUACUGUUAAAUUUUUAUUUGUAAGCUGCAAGGUGACUGACUCACUUCGCGCACUUUCCUAGUUGUACUGUAUUUACCGCAUGCACGGGUGCAAGCUGGUUUGUCUAUCCUCGCUCUUGUACUCGCUGCCCACGACUCCGUAUUAUGGCCCCGUGCGAGUAGGCAACACAUUCGCACCCGCGAAUGUGGUACACUAUACCUACGAGAGUACGAGAGUGCAUGGCAUGAGUCAGCCACCUGGUAUACAUAUACGACAGUAUGGUGUCGUAUGAGCGUUACUUAAGGCGCUGGUAAUGGCCAUGGACGAUGGGAACACAUGGCGUCAGCCAGGAGGGUGAAGGGAGGGGAAUAGGACAUGAACCGACAUGGUAUGGUAGGUGUUCAUCAUGGACGAACUAAUAUUAUGUGUUAAUAAGCUUCAAGAUCAGUUCAGGAGCUUUAGUCAAAAGCCGGUAGAUUUACCCCAAAUCAUCGUGGUGGGCAGCCAGAGCACUGGGAAAAGCUCCGUGCUGGAGUCACUCGUGCGUCGGCCCAUCCUGCCUCGUGGAAUCGGCAUGAUAACUCGCUGCCCUCUGAUCCUGCGCCUCGUCCAUUGCCCCAAAGGCGAUAAGUUACGUAAGAGAAGAGGCGAAUCCUAUGAGGAAUGGGGAGAAUUUGACAAGGAUGGCAAAAUAUACGACAUUGGUGACAUUAAGAGUGAAAUUGAGCGAAGGACGGAGGAGCUUGCCGGUGUUUCUAAAAACAUUUCUUAUACCCCAAUCGUGCUGACGAUAUUCUCUCCUCACGUCCUGACACUCACACUUGUGGACUUGCCAGGCAUUACCAAGGUAGCUGUAGAAGACCAACCUGCAGAUAUAGAGGAUCAGAUUGUCAACCUCAUAAAUCAGUUCAUCAAAAAUCCUAAAAGCAUCAUUUUGGCUGUCAUCACCGCUAAUACUGAUAUGGCCACCCACGAGUGUCUCAAAAUGGCAAUGAAAGUUGAUCCGGACGGUACGCGCACCAUUGCCGUUGUCACAAAACUUGACAUAAUGGAUAAAGGUACGGAUGCAACGGAAAUUUUGACUGGAAAAUGCAUUCCGGUGAAACUAGGCAUCAUUGGCGUUGUCAAUAGGUCGCAAGAGGACAUAAAUAACGGAAAGAGCAUUGAGGAUACCCUGAGAGAUGAAGAUGACUUUCUACAGAAAAAAUACCCAGCAUUGGCUGACACAAACGGGAGUAAAUACCUAGCAAAAAAGUUACAAGAAUUACUGAUUAAGCACAUAAUCAACUGUGUACCAGCAAUGACGCAAUCAUUGCUUAAAAAGAUUGAGGCGUGCAAAUCUGUGUUGGCAGAGUGUGGAACAGAAGUAAGAGAUGAAAAGGCUUGCCUGGACGACACUCUGAAUACUUUUUGCCAAUCAUUCAUCAAGAUUGUGAAAGGAGAAGCUGUGGAUGUGCAAUCUGUCAGCCUGACUGGAGGGGCAAAAAUAUGUUCCCUCUUUAAAAAACUUGAUAUUUCUCUUAUGUCUGUCAAACCUUGUGAGAAGUAUUGUCUGGAACAAGUAAUUUUAGCAAUCCGCCAGACCAGUAGUGUUGAGCCACCGUUGCUAUUUUCUGAACGAGCAUUCGACGAACUGAUGAGACCUCUCUUAGAACAUACAAGAAAGCCAUCACUGUUGUGUAUCGACGAGGUCUCUAGAGAACUGAAAAGUCUUUGCCGUAAUUCCAUCCCUCAGGAAACAGCAACCAGGUUUCCAGCGGUAGCACAAGGGGUGACUAAGGUCGUGGAUAAAAUGAUCGACGAUCUAACUGGAAAGACAAAAGAAUAUGUUUUACAGUCAAUAUACAUUGAAGAACAGCACAUAACUCGGAGCCAAAUAUUAAAAAUUGUAAAUCAUUCCAACCUGCUGAGUGUUUUAAACAAAGACUUAGGUCUACUUCCUGGAAACCCAUUUAAAAGUAGUCCGGCCUUCAUUAAAAAGGCAAAAUUGAAAGAUUUUACUAUUCAAGAGUCAUUGAACCCAGCAACCAAAGACGUCAGGCACUGUAUAAUACUUGGAGAUAUGUUGAAUCUUUAUUACGGAGUAAUUGCAAAUCGAAUCCAGGAUACAGUGGCAAAGGCCACAAUGGCCUACCUGGUGAAUGGACUAGAGAAGAGCAUUCUACUGGAACUUGCCACUCAAUUAGGCUCCAAGUUAAAAGAACUUUUCGUGGAAGAAAAUGCUAUUACCAAGCUGAGAACCACGAAACAGGAGGAAUUAAAAAUCUUGGAAAAGUCGCUUUAUGAACUACAGGCCUUGAACAUGGAAACGGCCCAGUAACUACUGCGUCCGUCGUGUCAAACGCCACGCAACUGUAGAACGCGGGACGUGACGUGGCCGGCUGGAAGGAUCUCUUGUAACCCUAUUGUUCACUACACUGUAGCAGUUGCAACUUGUACCGAUUAAAGUUGUCCGUGGAUUAA